AUGGUUUUCUACCAACAACAUAACGCCCAAAUAAAUGUAAGAGGAAAUACUACUGCCGUUGGAAAUAACAACCAACACGUACCAACUUCAUUAAAUAAUGCUCAAACAUCUGCACUAGUAUCGCAGAACAGUCUUCAACAUCCACAACAAUCUCAACAAUCACAAACAAUACAUGCCAUCAGCAUGCCAAUUUCUCAAGCUGAUAUGUAUUCGAGUUUCAAUACUGGAAAUUCUAAUGCGUCAGCGCGUUUAACCAAGAAAAUAAGGACAAAAGCUAUAACAGACAUAGUAAAUCCUGUCACUGGCAGAAACAUAAGUGAUGAAAUUUACAAAGAUGAUUCAAAUAUACCUGGCGGAGAUUUAUUGAAUAGUGGAGGUUUACACGCAAUGGAUUGUAAUGCUGAAGUAGUGGCAGAUUUUGCAGCUAGAGUUGCUAAAUUAGCAUCAGAAUCUCCAAAAACAUCACCAGUUAUGGAUAUACAGGAUUCAACCGUUUCUACGAUUACGGUUCCAAAUACAUUCGAUUUUCCAACCUCAAAAACUGAUUUCAAAAUGCACAAAACUACAGAAAACAAUAACUCUGUACCUAAGAAGAACGAAAACGAUUCUCUCAAGUUGUACGAAGGAAUUUCCUGUGAUAAAGAAGCGUUAUGUACAACUGCAGGCAGUUCUAAAGGUUCCUAUGAAUAUUUGGCCUUGAAUGCAGCACAGCGGGACUUAAUUACGCCAACUGGUCCAUCUACUAGUAGUCAGGACAUAAAACCGCUCAAACCAGAAGAGAAAGUCCUUACCGGUACUCAAGAAAUCAUAACCACUGUUGAUAAAAAUGUUGAACUUUUGUCAGUUGACUCGACGUUCUGCAUGAAGGAUGAGUUUAGUAUGAUUGAUUGCAUAGUAGAUAAACGUGUAGUUACCUCACAUAAGCAAAUGAAUAUCGUGGAAACUAAUGACAAUGCUAACAGUGAACCUGAUGAUAAAAAUUUUGUUGCUAAUGUUUCAAAAGAUGAAAUUUUACUCAAGUCUGUUGAAGUUGGUGGCUUAUCAAAAAUCUGUAUUCCAUUGAAAUAUAGGUACUCUAGAUUGGAUCAUGAGCUUCCUUUGAAAAAAAGGAUUGCAAUCGAUAGUAGUAAAAAUAAAGAUAAUGAUUAUGGUGGUGGUAAUAAUGAUGCGAAUGGAGAAAGUAAGGGUGAGUAUCUAGUUUUAGUUGGUAGUUAA